AUGACCCCGCCCCAUUCUCCCGCUUCCGAUCACCCCGCCCCAUUCUCCCGCUUUCCAUCACCCCGCCCCAUUCUCCCGCUUUCCAUCACCCCGCCCCAUUCUCCCGCUUUCCAUCACCCCUCCCCAUUCUCUCGCUUUCCAUCACCCCGCCCCAUUCUCCCGCUUUCCAUCACCCCGCCCGAUUCUCCGGCUUUCCAUCACCCCGCCCCAUUCUCCCGCUUUCCAUCACCCCGCCCCAUUCUCCCGCUUUCCAUCACCCCGCUCCAUUCUCCCGCUUUCCAUCACCCCGCCCCAUUCUCCCUCUUUCCAUCACCCCGCCCCAUUCUCCCUCCUUCCAUCACCCCGCCCCAUUCUCCCUCCUUCCAUCACCCCGCCCCAUUCUCCCGCUUUCCAUCACCCCGCCCCAUUCUCCCGCUUUCCAUCACCCCGCCCCAUUCUCCCGCUUUCCAUCACCCCGCCCCAUUCCCUCUCUUUCCAUCACCCCGCCCUUUUCUCCCUCUUUCCAUCACCCCGCCCCAUUCUCCCACUUUCCAUCACCCCGCCCCAUUCUCCAGCUUUCCAUCACCCAGCCCCAUUCUCCCUCUUUCCAUCACCCCGCCCCAUUCUCCCUCUUUCCAUCACCCCGCCCAAAUCUCCCUCUUUCCAUCACCCCGCCCCAUUCUCCCGCUUUCCAUCACCCCGCCCCAUUCUCCCGCUUUCCAUCACCCCGCCCCAUUCUCCCGCUUCCAUUACCCCGCCCCAUUCUCCCGCUUUCCAUCACCCCGCCCCAUUCUCCCGCUUUCCAUCACCCCGCCCCAUUCUCCCGCUUUCCAUCACCCCGCCCCAUUCUCCCGCUUUCCAUCACCCCGCCCCAUUCUCCCGCUUUCCAUCACCCCGCCCCAUUCUCCCGCUUUCCAUCACCCCGCCCCAUUCUCCCGCUUUCCAUCACCCCGCCCCAUUCUCCCGCUUUCCAUCACCCCGCCCCAUUCUCCCGCUUUCCAUCACCCGCGCCCCAUUCUCCCGCUUUCCAUCACCCCGCCCCAUUCUCCCGCUUUCCAUCACCCCGCCCCAUUCUCCCGCUUUCCAUCACCGCGCCCCAUUCUCCCGCUUUCCAUCACCGCGCCCCAUUCUCCCGCCUUCCAUCACCCCGCCCCAUUCUCCCUCCUUCCAUCACCCCGCCCCAUUCUCCUUCCUUCCAUCACCCCGCCCCAUUCUCCCGCUUUCCAUCACCCCGCCCCAUUCUCCCGCUUUCCAUCACCCCGCCCCAUUCUCCCGCUUUCCAUCACCCCGCCCCAUUCUCCCGCUUUCCAUCACCCCGCCCCAUUCUCCCGCUUUCCAUCACCCCGCCCCAUUCUCCCGCUUUCCAUCACCCCGCCCCAUUCUCCCGCUUUCCAUCACCCCGCCCCAUUCUCCCGCUUCCAUUACCCCGCCCCAUUCUCCCGCUUCCAUGACCCCGCCCCAUUCUCCCGCUUCCGAUCACCCCGCCCCAUUCUCCCGCUUUCCAUCACCCCGCCCCAUUCUCCCGCUUUCCAUCACCCCGCCCCAUUCUCCCGCUUUCCAUCACCCCUCCCCAUUCUCUCGCUUUCCAUCACCCCGCCCCAUUCUCCCGCUUUCCAUCACCCCGCCCGAUUCUCCGGCUUUCCAUCACCCCGCCCCAUUCUCCCGCUUUCCAUCACCCCACCCCAUUCUCCCGCUUUCCAUCACCCCGCUCCAUUCUCCCGCUUUCCAUCACCCCGCCCCAUUCUCCCUCUUUCCAUCACCCCGCCCCAUUCUCCCUCCUUCCAUCACCCCGCCCCGUUCUCCCUCCUUCCAUCACCCCGCCCCAUUCUCCCGCUUUCCAUCACCCCGCCCCAUUCUCCCGCUUUCCAUCACCCCGCCCCAUUCCCUCUCUUUCCAUCACCCCGCCCUUUUCUCCCUCUUUCCAUCACCCCGCCCCAUUCUCCCACUUUCCAUCACCCCGCCCCAUUCUCCCUCUUGCCAUCACCCCGCCCUAUUCUCCCUCUUGCCAUCACCCCGCCCCAUUCUCCCCCUCUCCAUCACCCCGCCCCAUUCUCCCGCUUUCCAUCACCCCGCCCCAUUCUCCUGCUCUCCAUCACCCCGGCCCAUUCUCCCGCUUUCCAGCACCCCGCCCCUUUCCCCCGCUUUCCAUCACCCCGCCCCAUUCUCCCGCUCUCUAUCACCCCGCCCCAUUCUCCCGUUUUCCAUCACCCGCCCCAUUCUCCCUCUUUCCAUCACCCCGCCCCAUUCCCUCUCUUUCCAUCACCCGCCCCAUUCUCCCUCUUUCCAUCACCCCGCCCCAUUCUCCCUCUUUCCAUCGCCCCGCCCCAUUCUCCCGCUUUCCAUCACCCCGCCCCAUUCUCCCGCUCUCCAUCACCCCGCCCCAUUCUCCCGUUUUCCAUCACCCCGCCCCAUUCUCCCGCUUUCCAGCACCCCGCCCCAUUCUCCCGCUUUCCCUCACCCCGCCCCAUUCUCCCGCUCUCCAUCACCCCUCCCCAUUCUCCCGCUUUCCAUCACCCGCCCCAUUCUACCUCUUUCCAUCACCCCGCCCCAUUCUCUCGCUUUCCAGCACCCCACCCCAUUCUCCCGCUUUCCAUCAUCCCGCCCCAUUCUCCCGCUUUCCAUCACCCCGCCCCAUUCUCUCUCUUGCCAUCACCCCGCCCCAUUCUCCCUCUUGCCAUCACCCCGCACCAUUCUCCCUCUCUCCAUCACCACGCCCCAUUCUCCCGCUCUCCAUCACUCCACCUCAUUCUCCCGCUCUCCAUCACCCCGCCCCAUUCUCCCGCUAUCCAUCAGGCGCUCGUUUCGAGCGUUUCUCUUCUGCCGGGUCACGUGGCUGCACUUGUCUGGGCCCAUUACCAAGCUUGCAAGGGCGUGGGAGGGUUGCGAUCAUCAUCGGUCAUCGGUGCUGCCUAA